GGUAAGAGAAAUGUUUAUUACAAUUUACACACUUAUUUUCUAAUAAUCUUUCAAUUUGUCUCUUUACAUUUUUCCAAUAAUUUUCAACUCGAAUCAACUAGAUGGCCAUCUAAAGCUAAACUGCGUAAACACAUGUAUUGCCACGAUACGAACAGACAAAAAGUUUGCGAUCAAUGUGGCAAAACAUUUGCCUGUAAUUCCAGUAUGCAAAAACAUGUCAAUUCCGAACAUUCCGAAAUUAAACCAGAACCUCAACAAUGUAAAAUAUGCAAUACCUGGUAUCGCAACAUGUCGGGCUUGAGAACACACAUGAAAUUUAUGCAUGAAAAUAUUGGAGGUGAACAUCGUUGUCAGAUCUGUAAUAAAGUAUCGUCAAAUGCACGAGCUCUACGAAGGCACAUCUAUUUGAAUCAUGAAUGUGAACGCAAAUACAAAUGUCACAUGUGUGAGAAGGCCUUUAAAAGAGAACAGGAUUUGAGAGAACACAUUUCUGUACAUACAGGUGAAGCCUUGUAUACUUGUCCCAAUUGUCCCAUGACAUUUUCCUCUAGUGCCAAUAUGUACAAACAUCGUCAACGUUUGCAUAAGGCCGAGUACGCGGCACAUAAGCAACAACCUUUGGCCUUGAAUAUCAUAAAACAAGCUAAAUCUAUGCCAAAUACAGUGCGCACUAAAAGACGUAUGAUUGUUGAUCCACCUCAGUCGUCGGAAAUUAUUAUGCCUCCCACUUCGGCCCUGUUAAAUCAACAGCUUGUUAUAACAUCACAAUAUACUACUAUAGCACCAAAUUUGGCUAAAUUACAUGAUUAGAAAUAAGAAAUAAUAAUAUUAAAUCAUUAGGUGUAAAAA